AUGUCUCAAUUUGCUUUUGGUGCCAACAAAUCCUAUAACCACCCAACUGGGCCCAAUCUGAAACCCAAGAGCGGCCGCUGGCUGAUUCCUUUGAUGGCGACAAUCGGUCUCGGGUUCGGUGCAUACAACUACUACGUGGAAGCCAAAUCCCGCCGAGAAUACGACCUGGCAGAAGAACAGAAGCGUCUCGCUCGAAACCAACAGCUCAUGGAUGCAUACGGCGACAAGAACAGUCUUCAUGAUGUCCAACAUGCCCUCGACACCUAUCAUGCCCAAUAG